AAGCAACAUGCAACGGUUUUUGUAGACAACUCAGUUCGGUUGCGAGUUGAAAUAACGUUCAAUUCAGACUUAAAGACACUUUUGAGUAUCUAAAAUAAAUAGUGUGACUUCAAAAAUAAUUUAUGAAACCUCCAAAGCGGCUGCUGCCGUCUGCCGUUGUGAGUACUGUUAUAUUUGUGCAAAAUAUUUGUAUGACGCUGCUUACAUCAGACGUUCAGUUGUUUUGCCUCCAUUUUUGAUCGUUGAGCAUGAGAAUUUAAAACGAUUGUUUACUUCCUAAUAUAUUUACAAUAUAGACAACGUGUUUACUUUGCAACGAAUUGAUCGCGCGGCUAGUUAAGUACACGUGACGGAGGCCAAAUCCUUCAUAAUGGCGCCAACAAGGUUGGCAUCCAAGCCCAUCGGCGUCAAUGAAAACUUGAACGGCAUCAUGAGCCAUGGGAUUACAACGAGGAGUAAGCAAUUAGCUACUCUGAAAAGCUACAAAGACAAUUUGAAAGCGCCAAACAAAAGGAAAGCAGACAGCCCUUUAAAAGACAUGACUGCAAAAAGAGCGGCGUUUGGAGAUAUUACUAAUGCUUUUAAUAAAUCCACCGCAAAUAAUGAUAAAGACAAGGCCAUGACGAUGAAAAAAGUCACAGUGGAAAGCAAAUUGCUCCCAAUCUUAAAGAGUGUCAAGCCACAGACAACAGCAGUGAAUGGUAAGGCCUCUAAAACAAAGCAAUUACAGAAAGCAGCAAGCAAUGCUAUGGAAUCGGUGCAAAAGCAUUUUGCCAAAGAUCCACCUAAAGUCAUAGCAACAAGGACACAGAAUGGCAUCCUCAAAAAUAUUGACAAGAAAGAAAAAUCAUUGAUUAAAGAAAAUCAGAAUCAAAGCCAGAGUUCAGCUAAAUCAGCUCGAAGUGAUGCAUCCGGUGAACCAUCAUUGUACAUGACAGCUUUGGAAAAUAUGAGUCCAAAUGACGCUACAAAGGAUGGAUAUAAAGUUAUAAGUGAGCAGCUUGAUAAAGUAAAUUUAGACGACACUGCUAAUAGAUCCCUUGAUGAGGAAACUGGCAUCCCACAUCAGGUCCCUGAUGGUGUCCCUGACUUUGAUAAGGAGAACUGGAAUGAUCCCUUCCAAGUUUCCAAUUAUGCUAUGGAUAUUUUCAAUUACUUGAAGAAUAGAGAACGACUGUUCAUUAUUGACGAUUACCUCACUCGGAUGAAAGGUAUAACGUCAUGGAUGCGGGCCCUGCUCGUCGAUUGGAUGGUCGAAGUUCAAGAGAGCUUCGAAUUAAAUCACGAAACUCUAUACCUGGCUGUAAAGCUGGUGGACCUAUUCCUCACGCGGUCCAGCAAGACUCAGCCCGAAAAGGAACACCUCACAAAGGAAGAAUUGCAGUUGCUUGGUGCAUCUGCAUUAUUUAUCGCUUCCAAAUUUGAUGAGCGUAUUCCGCCGCUAGUGGAUGAUUUCCUGUACAUUUGCGACGGUGCAUAUUCGUUAAGCCAACUACUCAACAUGGAAAUGACCAUCCUCCGCGUCGUAGACUUCGAUCUCGGCAUACCUCUCUCUUAUAGGUUCCUUAGGAGAUAUGCCAGGUGUGCCCGAGUGUCGAUGCCGACUCUCACAUUAGCCCGGUUCGUGCUAGAGCAAUGCCUGCUGGAGUAUGGGCUACUGAGCCAUUCUGAUAGCAAGAUGGCGGCCGCCGCCCUGUACAUCGCACUACGGAUGAAAUCCCUCGGCAGCUGGACACCCACCUUGCAGUAUUACACAGGCUAUACAUUAAAAGACAUCCUCCCCAUAGCGUUAGAACAAAAUGCAACACUCCACAAAAAACCCAAAUCGGCGAUCAGCACCGUACGGAAUAAGUAUUCACACACGAUCUUCUUCGAAGUAGCAAAAGUCCCCCUCAUAGAGGACUCCGUGCUCGACAGCUGAGGCGCGCCUCGUGGCACUUUGCAUACUGUUAAAGCAUAAAUAAAGGUGGGUCCAAAUUCUAUAUGUGUAUUUUCAUAAGGCUUAAGAUACAUUCAAGAAUACUUGCUUACAUAAUUAUCAGAAAAUCAACAAUUCCUUAGACUAAUCAAACAAUGGAAUAAAGUAACUUAAGCCUUAUACAGACUAAAUUAAUGUUUGUUAAUGAGAAGUGCCAGAGUGCAUAGUUAAUCAUAUUUAAAUUGUUAAGUGAUAAAUAAUUUUGUUAGUGACACUCUGGCAUUGUUAUCAUUUCAUUUAAGAUAGUGUAAUGUAAUGUGCCACAAAGGCUAUUGAUUAGAAACAUUUAUUUUAGGUAGGAAAUUCAAAUUUGCAAAUUGUAGAGCUAUCUAGAAUAAUUUAAAGUCAGUGCAAGUUGGUUGAAAGGCGAUGAAAUUGUAUCUCUGCAAUACAAAAAGGACUUGAUGUUCAAAACUCAAAGUAAUAUAAGAACAUAGUAUGUUUGGGUGUUGUUUAUUUUACUUGUAACAAAAAGUUGUUAUUAAAAUUUAAUUGUACUUACUCGUACUUUGACAUUAACUGAGUAGUUUAUUUUCUAUUUUAUACUUAUGUUGAUAAGAAAUUUAGAGUGUUUAUUAAAAUUUUGGUACCAUUAAAAUUGUCGACAUAGUUUACAACUUCGGAAUAGCGCAAAAAGACUGAAAAAUAUUGACGCGGUGUCGUGUAGGUAUAGUUCUUACCCGAGUGUAGAUGUGAAUGUCGAAACUAGUUGAAAGUGCCAUAUUUUAUUAUGGCAAGAAUGUUUAAAACCACCGAAAAGACUUGAGGCGUUUAUCCUCUAAGUGAGGAGAUAUUCUCCGUGAAACUAAGUUUCCAAGGAACAUAUCUCCAGUAUUUUUAUUUGAAUAUAAAAAUAAACCAAAACCACACCAAAUCGUCACUUUGCAAACAUCACAACCUCAAUAGAUUAUGUGCAUUCCAAUAUGUAACAACUUAUUUAUUUAGUAAAUAGUGUCUUCCUAUAGCAAAUUAUAGGUUCUUCGAUCGUAAUAUAAUUAAUUUAAGUUUUAUUUUUAGUAAUGUUUGUAUUUAGUCCAUUACUUUUAGAUGUGAUAAUACACACUCUCUUUGUAAUAGAUCUUAUACAUCAAAUUGUCAGCUAACAUAUAGUAUGAAUGGAGGAAUUGUUUACUAUUUUCUAAACCUUAAUUUAUUAAUCUAUGGGUAUGUUCCGGAAGUGUUUUGAAUUUUAACUAUAAAUGAUAUAAUGAGACUGUGUCGUUACACAAUUGUCAUAUUGUGAAUGUCGAAAAAGAUCAGUGACAUGAUGAAUGCUGAAUAGGUAGCAGUAUGGAGAAUGGUUUUGUAUUUUAAAGAUUUUUUCUGUCAUAUUAUGAUGCCUUGAAAUCACAAACGGUUGUGGUUGAUCAACUUGCUUCCGACAGAAUAAGUUUUGUAUAUGAUAUCUACAUGUAUUGUAUUUGGCAGUUUGCUAAAACCGUUUUAAUUAUAAUUAUUAUUAAUGGAUUUUUGUAAUGUUUUAAUUAAUUUACAUAAUAUAGUAAUUAUUGUGAGAUUCACAUAAUUGUCGUAUAUGUUUUGUAAUUUAUCACAUUUUAAAGAGUACAAAAUAUUGGAAUGUUAUAAUAUUGUUCACUAAUGGUAAGUUUUAGAUUAAUUACUUUUAAAACUGUUUUUUUUUUCUUAAUAUCAUUUGUCUUAAUUAUACAAGGUUAAUGUAAAACUGAUG